GUCUGUCACACGCACGCACACACACAUGUCACACCAUAAUCAAAAAGUAAAUAAAAAUUUGGUGUGUAUGAACCACGUUUGUUUUGGUUUUUAUAUUAUAAUACUUACUGAUACCAUUGAAUAGAAGAAAUAAUGGGUAAAAAGAACAAAGAGUCAUUAGGGCGGUCCCUCAUCAAGGAUAGAUUUUCCAAGAAUCGCCACAAAAAGCAUGUGGAGGACAAUACUAUGCUUCAUACAACUGAGGUAAAUGACGGCUACGAGUGGGGCCGUCUGAACCUUCAGUCUGUGACUGCAGAAUCAUCCCUACAAGAAUUUUUGUCUACAGCAGAGCUUGCACAAAGGGAAUUCACAGCUGAAAAACUAAAUCUGAAAUAUGUGAAGUCUGUUCCUAGUGAAGUACAGCCAGUCACCUCUCAGCCAGAUUUUAAUGAACCUCUGACUGUACCGAGAAGACCUGCCUGGAAUCCAAGCAUAACAGCAGAGGAGCAGCUGGAUAGAGAAAGAGAAUUAUUCCUAGAAUGGAGGCGUCGUCUGAACACAUUACAAGCUAAACUUGGGGCAGCUUUGACCCCAUACGAGAGAAAUUUAGAAUUUUGGAGACAGUUGUGGAGGACACUUGAGAAAUCUGAUAUUGUCCUUAUCCUUUUGGAUGCAAGGAACCCUCUAUUAUUUAGGUGUGAAGAUUUAGAAAAAUAUGCAACAGAACAAAAAUGCAAGUUCAUCUUAUUAUUGAACAAGGCUGACUUGACCAGUGAAUAUGUCAGGAAAUGCUGGGUAGAAUAUUUCAAUAAACAGAAUGUUCCAAUCAUAUUUUUCUCAGCUGCAAAACAAACAAACGAAAGAAAAAUAUCAGAAUCAAGUAAUAAAUCUGAAGAAAUUCAUAAUUCUGAUACUGAGACAGCAGACUCCGAUUUAGACGAAGAAGAUAUAGAAAAAGAAACCUUAAAUUCUAUGGAACAAGAUAUUGAAUUGUUUAAGAAACAAUUGGGUGAUAUUGACUUAGCAGUGUCUAGUACUGCUGACAAAUUAGACAAGAUUCAGAUUGCCUUAGACAAGGUUGUAGAAAACUUAAAAUCUGGGAAGUCGAUAGAACCUAUUCAUAGUGAAGAAACAGUGGCUAAUGCUGAAAUUGUAAAUUCUCAUGAAAUUUUUGAUAGAAAUAUGUUAUUGGAUGCGUUGAAAGCUCAAAAAUUGGAUACUUUGAAGAAUCCACCUAGAAUUGCUGUGGGCAUGAUUGGGUACCCGAAUGUGGGGAAAUCUAGUACUGUCAAUGUUCUCAUGCAAACUAAAAAGGUUAGCGUAAGCGCAAUGCCGGGGCACACACGCCACAUCCAGUCGCUAGUGUUGGACUCUCAACUAGAAUUAUUGGACUGCCCCGGGCUGGUGUUGCCAGCGUACGCUGUAGCUCCUGAUCUGACGCUCACCGCAGUCUUGUCUAUAGACCAGAUGCGUUCCCACGACGCCGCAAUGGCGCGGCUGUGUGAGCUGGUCAGCAGACGCACCUUCGAGGAGAAGUACGGGCUCCUCCUGCCGCAGCGCGCGCUGCGGGACGACGCGGCGCGGUACGGGCAGAUCCUGACCGCACAUGCUUACAACCGCGGCUUCAUGACGGCCGCAGGCCAGCCUGACCAGUCUCGCUCGGCCCGGAUACUCCUCAAGGAGGCCGCGAGCGGGAAGCUCAAGUGGGAACAAACCCCGCCCGGAUACCAGCCCCAAGUGGAACAUAUCGUUGACGAGAAGAAGGCGGAGAAGAGGAAACCCACGCCUAGAGAAGCUAGGAUGGUCGAGGGUUGGAUGAACAAAUCCGCAGAAAUCGACAACGCAUUUUUCGCUAUGAAGAAAAGCUCGGUUCACGUCAAAGGCAAACCCGUCCUUGGUGUAGUCGGGGCGCAGCUCGCAGAAGGUCAAACCGGUAAACCCUGGAAGAUGGAGAAGAAACACGCAAAUAAAAACAAAAGAGAAAAGCUAAGGAGAGUCUACGCACAUUUGGACGAACACUAAAGUGAGACAUAAUUGAUAGUACAGUCAACAGCACGUCAACUUACCCAAAUUCACUGCAAACUCGCCGCUAUUGCCGCGCCAUAGAGGUUCAUGCAGGGUAAUUUGAUGUGCUGUUGACUGUACAUUAUUACCCGCGUGUAAAUAUUGGUUAUUACAUACGAGGCGGGAUUCUCGCGCGAGGCAAAGCCAAGCGUAAUAAUAAUGCCUUGUUUGUAUUGAUCAACGUCCAUAUGUUUUUCGACAGACUUGAUGUCGAUAAGUGUUACGUAUAGCGUCGAAAAAAUUUAAUAUCAGUGCUGUAAUUUUACGAGAAAAAAAAGAAAGAAAAAUAUCCAAAAAGUAACAGUGUAAUGCUAUAGGAAAUAAUUUUACUCUGUAUCCUUUUUUAAAAUGUUGUAUUUGGUUAUGUGUAUAUUUGUAAUUUAGUUUUAACAUUAUUUCAAUAAAAUUUAUGUACAGUUCAA